AUGGUGACAGCUGUGGGGUACUUCCCGGCUCUUCUAGGGAAGGAAUCGUUACCUACCCUUGGCAGCAAGCACGAUUUCGUCCAUCACCUCAGCGUCGUUGAAGCCUGUGUUGUUGAAGCUGGCUAUGCUACCUCGACUCCUGAUGGCAUUAAGGUGGAGCCCCGUUUCCAGCAUCUCGUUGUAUCGAGGUUAUUGCAGGCGUUGAGCCCUGUAAAAGAUGUGGCUGCAUCCGCUAAACGGGCGGCGAUUGUCUAUGGCUAUGACUGGCAACUGAUCCGAACUGUCCUUAUCAGGCAAUACGGCAAGAAGCAUGGCUUGAAGGAUGAGUACCUUGCCAAGCUUAACCGUCUCAAAUUCGUUCCGAAUGGCGAUUACGAAGCAUUCAUUGAAGAAGCCGCCGAUGCCUUCGCUCUCUGUCGGCGCGCGUUUGGUAAAGACAUCGCUGAGCAUAGAGCCUUCGUUCGUCAGCUCUGUCGAGUUCUACCCCAUAACACGUUGGUAGCUGUCUUGAGAGAGAUACGGGCCGCCAUAGCGGGGGCCGGGCUCAUAGCCAGCGAGCUGGACUGGGAGACGGCGGUUGCCUUCGAUGAUUUCGAUUUGGCUAUUCGCGAGUCGGGCGACCAGCCUCGUGUCACUACUACGACGUUCUGUGCGGCCUUGCGUAGUGUUUGUGGUAUUGAUGAGGAGGCUCGACGGCUCCUGGCAUCGUCUGGGAGUCAUACGGUUCGGUACGCAGCCGAGGACAGUCCGGCUAAGCCACGGCCUAAAUUCUCCGAGAGGUUCCCUCAUGUGGUGUACGUUGCGGGAUCCCUUCUCGACGAUAAGCAGACGGCGGCUAUGUACUUCCAGACGUUCGGCCCGGAGGAGACCCUUAGCCUCCGUAAUCGGCGGGGGAAGCCAUUCGUAUUGCUCGGCUACAACACUGCUGCUGAAGCCGCCAAGGCUCUGGUCGAUCUGAAGGCGGACAAAGAGUCGGGCUUGAUUUGCCGUCCGUUUGAUCCACAGGGGAGGCCAAAAAACAUAUCGGGGCCUCGUCGAUAG